GAUAUUUGAAUUUUUGUUUGACCACUCACCACUGGGCACUGAGGAAUUGAUUUUAUUUUCAGCAUUUCGUGGCGAAAAUUACGAUCAGGUGUUUUGUUGGGAGUAUUUGUGAUUAUAUUUAUAAACCCGGCACAAUUAAUUGAGAUACCAAGCGAUAAAUAUGGCUCAAGGACAAAAUGAAGCUGCACCUGCAAAGGAGAGAUAUAUCCCAAAUGGACUGAAAUUUGCUUUUGGUGGAUUUGCGGGUAUGGCAGCCACAUGUGUUGUCCAACCACUUGAUCUAAUCAAAACCCGGAUGCAGUUAAGUGGUGGUGGUCGAUCAUCCUUCACUGUAGCUGGCGAAAUUGUUGCUCGUGAGGGAUUUUCUUCGUUAUACACCGGACUAUCUGCUGGCCUGCUUAGACAAGCAACUUAUACAACUACACGUCUUGGUGUUUAUAGCUGGUUAUUUGAUGCUUAUAGAGAGCGACACGGGGGUGAAGCGCCGGGCUUCGGAAUGAAAACUGGACUAGGUAUCGCAGCAGGUUCUAUUGGUGCCUUCGUAGGAACACCAGCUGAGGUGGCGCUAAUUCGAAUGACAGCUGACGGAAGAUUGCCAGCUGAACAGAGAAGGAAUUAUAAGAAUGUGGUUGACGCUUUGUUGAGAAUAAUUCGUGAAGAAGGCGUGUUGAAGCUAUGGCGUGGUGCGAUGCCCACGGUUGGACGGGCCAUGGUCGUUAAUGCGGCACAACUGAGCACAUACUCACAGGCUAGGGAAAUGUUUGUGGGUUACGUCCCUGAUGGUAUAACGCUCCACUUCUGCGCGUCCAUGGUGUCUGGUCUCGUCACUACCAUCGCUUCGAUGCCCGUGGAUAUAAUUAAGACCAGAAUACAAAACGCGGCCAAAGGUCAAAGUCAGAUGUCAGUAGUGUCAAAUCUCCUGAAAAACGAAGGGGUGCUGUCUCUAUGGAAAGGAUUCGUGCCGUACUACGCCCGGUUGGGUCCUCACACCGUGCUCACUUUCAUCUUCCUAGAACAACUCAACGCUGCCUACUUUAAGUAUACGUAAUUAUUCAAACUUAAACCAUUUAAGUAAAUAUAUUUAGCUAUAGAAAAGCUAAAAUACCAGUAAACUGCGUUAUAAUAAACGUAAAAAAAAUCAUCACUUUUUUAAAGAAAAAUCUCAUUUUCUAUCGUCUCUUUCCAACAAAUUGUGUUUACGUUGUUUUGGAAAGAGACAGAAUACUUAUAGCGGUGCAAAGAUUUAAUUUAUAUAUGUUAAUGUGUUUUUAUAACGUUAGAUUUGGUUCAAAACCAUAGUAAGUAUAAAUGUAGUUGACAGUUCCUCAUUAGUACAAAAAUUAACCACACUUUUAAUUAUUUAACUUAAAUUUUCUUAUUUGGCUAUAUUUUAAUUUUAUAAAACUAUUGCUCUUGUUAAUAACACAAUGUAACAGCUCGGUCGCAAAUAAUGGCGCCAAAACGCGACGUGGUCACAGAUACAAAAUAUGCCAUAGAGUAAACAUAGACUAUAAAUGGAAAUGUAGUGUGAAGAUUAUUUUGUUUAUUUUUUUAAUGUCUGCCAAUGCAAUAUAAAUAAUCGAACAUUAAAAAUUCAUUUGUUUGAUGAUUUUAAAUACAGUGAAUUUUGUUUAUUACGACCUUGGUUAGCGACCGUUUGGCUAAACGUCAAAUCUUAGACCGUAACGCCGACUUCGGGUAUAGAACAGUAAUAUGAGUAUAAAGACACUUUCUUAGCUUUUCUUAACGAUCACACAGAUGGUCAGCAAAUGUGGUGAAUUUUUCUAUUUGUUUAGAUAGACGAAAUUCACAUCGACAUCCGUCGUUUCACAACUGAAUAUUUUAAAGGCAGCUUUCGCCUUAAAUCAGCCGAUAACUGAUGUAUUUCCGAACCCAUUUCGACUUAGGGACUUCCAACAGACUGUACCAAUUCUUCAAAGGCUGGCA